UGCAGUGCUGGUGGACAUCUGCAUAUAGAAAACUGAAACCCCCCUCCGGCUCCAAGAUUUGAUAGCGAUGACGAUGGCUCACGGCCUCCUCCUCCUCCUGCUCCUCGUCGCCGCUUCCCCGGCGGUGGCUACGGCCGGUCGCGGUCGUGCAGGUUACCCGAUUGGCUUCGCGGAGCGGCUCAUCCGCGACCUCAACCUCGUGCCGGGGAUCGGGCAGCAGCCCGAUGAUCUCGAGGAGGAGGAACCCGCGGCUCCGGGCGAGCUGGUGGAGAGGAGGGUGCAGCUCCCCGUGGCCAUGGGUCGCUCAGAGGCAGAGGUGCCCCUGGAGGAGCUCGGCCACCACGCCGGGUACUACCGCCUCCCCCACACGCACGCCGCAAGGAUGUUCUACUUCUUGUUCGAAUCCAGAGGCAGAGACAGAGGGCAGCCGGUUGUUCUUUGGCUCACCGGAGGUCCUGGAUGCAGCAGUGAGCUCGCCCUCUUCUACGAAAAUGGCCCUUUCAAAAUUGCAAAUAACCUAUCGCUCAUUUGGAAUGAUUAUGGAUGGGACAAGGUGUCCAAUCUAAUUUACGUUGACCAACCAACUGGAACUGGCUUUAGCUACAGCACGGACUUGAGGGAUCUUCGCUUUGGAGAGAAGGGAGUAGCUGAUGAUCUCUAUGACUUUUUACAGGCUUUCUUUAGAGAACAUCCCGAUCUUUUGGAGAACGACUUUUACAUUACUGGAGAGUCUUAUGCAGGACACUACAUUCCAGCAGCUGCCGAAAGGGUCCAUAGAGGGAACAAGGAGGCCAGUGGGCUUCACAUAAACUUGAAGGGCUUUGCUAUUGGUAAUGGACUCACUGAUCCUGCAAUUCAGUAUGGCGCAUAUGCUGAUUAUGCACUACAAAUGGGCAUCAUAGGAGAGCGUGCACAUAACACCAUCAAUAAAUUAGUUCCUGCUUGUAACCUUGGCAUCAAACUUUGCGGUUAUGCUGGAGCAAUACCAUGCAUUGCUUCAUAUGCUGUCUGCAAUUCCAUUUUCACAUCCAUUCUACUUCUUGCUGGAAAUGUGAACUAUUAUGAUAUAAGGAAACAAUGUGAGGGAAGCUUGUGCUAUGAUUUCUCCAACAUGGACAAAUUCCUGAAUGAGAAAUCCGUGAGGGAUGCUAUUGGUGUGGGAAAUAAAAAAUUCAUAUCUUGUAGUCCGCUCGUUUACGAGGCAAUGAUUGCAGACUGGAUGAAAAAUUUGGAAGUAGGGAUUCCUGCUCUUGUUGAGGAUGGUAUAAGGGUGCUAAUAUAUGCGGGUGAAUAUGAUCUCAUAUGCAACUGGUUGGGUAACUUCAGGUGGGUUAACUCAAUGGUUUGGUCAGGUCAGCACAACUUUUCUGAAGCACCAAUGCUGCCAUUCAAAAUAAAUGGCAAGGAGGCAGGGCUACUAAAAUCGUAUGGUCCUCUUAGUUUUCUCAAAGUGCGCGAUGCGGGUCACAUGGUGCCAAUGGAUGAGCCGGAGGCAGCCUUGGAGAUGCUCAAAGAAUGGAUGGGAGGAGCUCUGACUCGAGGAACUGCCGUUGAUAAGAUGCUUGCUGACAUGUAGCAUUGCAUGCCCAGACCAAGCAACGUACUAUAUAUGAGGGAGGAUGUAUAUUUCCUUUGUUGAUAGAUGCUGCAACUAUCAAGCGCUGAGUAUAUGGGAAGCACCUCUUGUUAGGGUGGAAACGUGAGGGUCUCAAAUCAAACCUUGGUGCCCACUUUUAACAUGCACCUGAGUUUGCGGAUGUGUGAGUGUGGUGCCGUGCUUGGUGGGGUGUUGUAAUCGAAAGGAAAUGUUGUAAGUAUAUAUUCGCAUAAAAGAGCUCCUCUACCGAUGUUUUCCUAGUA